AUGAUAAGCUGGAGCUUCAAGGGAGGCAGGGUGAAUACUAUUACCCGGGGUAUGGUUCGGGAUGGUAUCAAUUUUAGUAAACGUGGCAAGCAUGUGUUCAACAUAAGCCGUCUGGUCGAGUGUAACAGAGGAAGGAGAUUGACGAAUACUGAAACCUACAAGGUGGCGAACCAAACCCAGAUUCUUGCGAGAGUAGUGAAGACUGAGGGCACGGUAAAGCCAGAGCUCAAGUCUAGACAUGCAAGUUACGGCAGGUACAAUUUCAUCAACAUAGAUGAGAAGUAA